CAGUAUAAAAGGAGAUUUCUUUCCUCUCCUGGGAUCGCAGUCGAUUUCGUUCGUUUGCGACUAUCUCCGUGCGUUUGCCACCAUACUCUCGUCGCACGUUCAAGUCGAUCCGUCUUAUUAACAAGGUGCACAUCUCGCAAGUCAGGAUGAAAUACGUGGCGUUAGCAAUGAUUCUGGGAUUGGCGGUGGCGCAAGAUCCAAAUUACAAUCGCAACUACCAGCAGCAGGAUGAUGGGCAACAUCAGGUUGACAACAGACGACCUACAAGCACUACGCCUAUCCCGAUCUUGCAUUGGAAUAAGCAGCAGGAACAUGAUGGAACUUAUAAGAUAGGUUACGAAACGGGCAACAACAUCAUCGCCGAGGAAAGCGGCUACAUCAAGACUAUCGGCGAAGGUGAGGAUCGGGCUGAGGCGAUCGUACAGCAAGGCACCUUCUCGUACACGAGUCCCGAGGGACAGCUGAUCACCAUUCACUAUACCGCCGACGAGACCGGUUUUCAUGCGCAGGGCGAUCACAUUCCCACGCCACCGCCCGUUAGCGCGGAGAUCCAGAAAGGCCUCGACCUCAUCUAUGCGGGUAUUCGUCAGCAAGAGGAAGAAGACGCUCGCGCAGCAGCCCAAAAACCACAGCAGCCGCUGAGCCAGCAGGUCGACAGGCGGGACGAAUACAACAACAGAAAGUACCAAUAGCGAACUCCCGUCGAUUCUUCAGCGAUAUAGCAUUCGCAGCACUGUACCGUUAUUAAGAUAUAGCAAUUAAGUUGUUAAGUUACUUUAUCCCUUCGCGUUUCAAAUACACUUUUCAUUCUAUGUA